GAUAUGGUACUCCUCUGUCCUGCCGCUGUGUUUAAGCACCUUGGAGAACUCCGCUCCUCAGCACAGCGCACUGCAGAGGUGGAAUCGGGUUUGUGCGUAAACUACGUCAAAUCAUCACGGAAGUACCAAAUGCUGCACUGGCUGGGCUGCCUCGUCUUCACCCUUUGUUAGCGAUAUUGGGUGACGGUUAACUGUUUCAGGUUUUUCCUGCGUCGCCUUAUACUAAAUGCCCCUCUCUUCGCUGCCAGGAUUCCAGACGUGUUAAGGAGACUGCAGGGCAGAUAGAGUGAUGCGGUGUGCUUCAUAUUCAGCCAUCUCUUGAUCGGGUUUCACUGGAUGGCCGAGGCAAAUGCCAUUCAAUACACUCUCCCAGCGUGCAUGGGUAUAAACAGCAUGGCCAUCGCGCAUUCCAGUGGGUCUAAAUAUAUCUAUUAAGGCCACGGGAGGGGGAGGACUGUUGUAGGGGCUUUAUCCUGGGACGCUUCACUGUCGUGGUAAACUCGCACCACUUGAAUUAUCUUCUGGAGAUUGACAAUCGGUUAUUGCACCCACAAAGGAGAACUUGGCCCUAUCCAAAAUAUGCCCUCGAGUAACAGUGUGAGAUCCAGGGCAAGGGAGAGAAACAGCGUCCUGAGCAGACCUGAGUUCAUAUCCCUGAACCAGCCCCUUCGCGGCGGCGGCGGCGCUGGCGGCCCCUCUGAGAGCCGAGGCAGCGCCAGGCGACCGGGUCAAAUCAAGCACCAAACAAGCCUGCCGAGUGAAGAACCUACCGACAGCGGCAGCAAGGAUAGGAGAGAGCCCAUCAAAAUGCCAGAGGAAGACUGUAUGCUGCUGAACCCUUCAUUUAAGGGAAUAGCGAAAAACUCCCUCCUCGCCAUUGACAUCAGUCUGUCCAAGCGCAUGGGCGUGUGCGCAUACACGUCGUCCUCUUGGGGAGGCUGCCGCUCCAUGGUCGCCCUGUUAGCGCUCACAGGGCACGGCAUCACUUGGAUCAUUGGCACUAUCGUUUGUCUCACAAGGAGUAACACUCUGGCCGGGCAAGAGGUCCUGGUCAACCUGCUGCUUGCCCUCAUUCUUGACGUCCUGACUGUGGCUGGAGUACAGAGACUGGUGAAGCGCAGAGGACCCUGGGAGAUGAUGCCAGGCUUCAUGGACUGUGUCGCCAUGGACAUCUACUCCUUCCCAGCUGCUCAUGCAAGCCGGGCCGCUAUGGUAUCCAAGUUCCUGCUGUCCCACCUGGUCCUGGCUGUCCCGCUCCGCAUCCUGUUGGUGCUUUGGGCCCUCCUGGUGGGCAUGUCCCGGGUGCUGCUGGGAAAACACCACCUAACUGACAUGGUGUGUGGCUUUGCGCUGGGCAUGCUCCAUUUUAGCUUGAUGGAAUCCGUGUGGCUCUCAUCAAGCACUUGUCAGACUCUUAUUUCCAUAAGCACUCUCAGCUGGAGCCCCUUUUUCUGAGCUUUUGACAUAAGGCUUGCACACAAAGCUUAUUUGAUACACUAACCUCGCAAUGUCGAGGACUUAGGUCUGAUGAAGUUAUUUUUGAAAGGAUCCGAAGUUCUAUGUGAAUAAAGAAGCAUUUAUGUUUGGGAUCAGAUGCUGGCUUGCAAUUAACACCCAAGACAAGCAGGUCACAAGACAUUAAAAGACAGUUCACAAUGCUUCACAAAUUCUAGUAUUUUCAGUUAAUCCUACUUACACACACCUCUACUGCUCCUAAAUUUCAAUUACGUACAAAUAAUAUAAGAAUAAUUAAGAUGACUGCAAACUGACAGUGAUUUAGUAAAAAUGUACAUUUAUGAUUUUUUCUUUUUUUUAUAUUUUCAAUUGUCAUGCAGUAUGAAAGCUGUUACCAUUUAGCCAAAACUGAACCACUUUCUAUUCAACAAAAUCUCUCUGAGUCUGUGUGCUCCUUUCUCUUUGCCAUCUUAAGUCCUUUUACUUCCUCCUUCCCUGCUACCUCUUCCUCUUUUCUCUUUUUUUUUGUAAUAUAUUUGUGCUUUUGUUUUGAAAUAUUGAUCUAACGUUGGACACUGAAGAGUGUGGUCUGAGGCUGUAAUAUUGGAUGUAACACUAAAAUAUAUAAAGUAAUUGUUGUUUAGAUAUUCCACAUUUUUCCAGAUUGGCAUGACUAUUAUGUUUGUAUAUUUCUGAUGGAAUUCUGUUCUUACUGAUUGUUGAUCAAACUUAUUUUUAACUUAUUUUAAUGCCACUCAAUUUAGCUGCCUGUGUAAAAGAAAUGUCCCACUUGCAUAGAAUUUAAAAAAAAAUGUACAGGGUCAAAUAUAAUUUCCUUUCAACGUGCCAUUUAUGCUCCAAUGAGUUUAAUUUCUCUUUUUAUAGCAGAUAUUUUUGAUUUCAGGCUACUGUAGUCUGCACAUCAGCCUAACAGAUGCUUAUGGUUGGUCAGUGAGGCUGAUUAUUUGCCCCACAAAACAAAUGAAGCGUGUGUGUGUGUGUAUGUGUGUGUGUGUGUUUCUUUCUGACUUAGGCUAUACCCUCGGGUACACGUUUCAGACCAGUUAAUUGGAGUUGGCUUGUCCAAACGGGGACGUAUGGAGUUUGUGUGAAUGUUGGCAUACAAAGUAAAAAAUAUCUCUCUGCAAUAUCAGUUUUGAACAAAUUAUAACUUUCUUUUGUGUUUAAAUUGACCUUUGAAUGAAACCUGCUGUUUUUGUGGUUUGGUGUGUAAAUACAGUUUGCUUUGUUCUGUACAGGGAUCCGUAUAUCAUGUUUUUACUUUGUUUUUUCCAUCUCUUUAAUAAAGUGUGGUGGGCUGUCAGUAAAA